CAUACAAGGAAAGAAAGAAAGAGGAAGCGUAUCCCUUCACUCCUUCUUGAAACUGAGGCCCUCCGCCCGCCCGUGUGGAUUUUAAAGAACAAGGUUAUUUCUCUCGGGAGGACUUGAGAGGAAAAGGCGGGAGCGUCAUGACGUCAUGAGCCGUGCUCCCCCUUCCCCAUCUCUGACGGGGCGCCGCACGCGCGACCGGAAACGGAAGUGGCCGCGUCUGUUGUUUGGUGGCAGGAAGGGACGGGUUUUUUUGUCCGGGUUGGCGCCGGAGCAGCAGCAAAACAUCGGGCCCUGGAGUGCGCUGCGGGCGCGGAGGCGUUUGGCCUAGGUGUUCGAAGCCGGCGCGGCUGGGCGCCCGGGAAGGCGCUUGAGCGGUGAGCGAGCGAGGCAGGUUCCCCAGAGUGCAGAAGGGACACUACACCUGGUGAUCUGUUCUGCAUGCAGCCUUCUGUCAAUCUGCUCCAUCCCGACAGGUGCCUGAUAAUAUUGGCAACACCAGACACUCACUCACUCCUGAAGAUCCCAAGUGCUUCUGUCCACAGUGUUUCAUUGGAUUUAUUUGGACUAAUCUCAGAAAGAGGAUCCAUGUACACCCCAAAUGUCUCUGUGUUGCCCAGUGGGCACAGGCGGACAGGUCAGGAUGGCAGUGCCUUGCCAAAGCAGCCAGAAAGGAGUCUGGCUUCUGCAUUGCCUGGUGCCGUCUCAAUAAUCGCUCUGUGUACUGCACUGGCAGAGCCUGCCUGGCUAUGGAUUCAUGGGGGUACUUGUUCUCGCCAAGAGCUAGGAGUUGCUGAUGUUCUUGGAUGCGUAGACCCAGAUUUACUUAAAGACUACUGCAUGAACCCCCAGACAGUAUUGUUGCUUCGGGUUAUUGCUGCCUUCUGCUUCUUGGGGAUCAUCUGUAGCCUUUUGGCGUUCCUGUUGGAUGUGUUUGGACCAAAGCACCCUGCAUUGAAGAUCACACGACGUUACGCAUUUGCCCACAUCCUCACAGUACUGCAGUGUGCCACAGUGAUCGGAUUUUGUUACUGGGCCUCAGAGCUCAUCCUUGCGCAGCAGCAGCAGCACAAAAAGUACCAUGGCUCACAAGUGAAUGUCACAUUUGCCUUCAGCUUUUACCUGGUGGCUGGAGCUGGUGGGGCCUCCAUCCUUGCCACAGCUGCCAACCUACUGCGCCACUACCCCACUGAAGAGGAAGAGCAGGCGCUGGAGCUCCUCUCCGAGAUGGAGGAGAACGAACCUUACCCAGCAGAGUACGAAGUGAUCAACCAGUUCCAGCCACCACCGGCAUAUACACCGUAAU